ACCACAACAACCUCUUCUUGUUAUUUACAUUUAGUUCUUUCUCUUUGAUCUAUCACUUUAUCUAGACUCAGAUCAGCACCAUGGGUAGCAUUAAGCGCAUCAGCAAGGAGUUGGCCGAACUUAUAGAAACGCCGCCCACUGGAAUCUCAGUCCAGCUUGUCGAUGAAUCAGACGUGUACAAAUGGAAAGUUACUAUGAAGGGCCCCGAAGAUACGCCAUACGAAGGAGGCACAUUCAUCGUCAACCUCACGCUGCCAAAUGAAUACCCAUUCAAGCCUCCCACCGUCUCCUUCGCUACCAAAAUCUACCACCCUAACGUCUCCAACGACGAUAAAGGAUCCAUGUGUCUCGGUAUGCUAAAGUCGGACGAAUGGAAACCCUCAUCGCGCAUUGCAGCUGUGCUCGAAUUUGCAAGACAAUUGUUGGUUGAGCCCAUGCCGGAUGAUGCUGUCGAGGGACGGAUUGCGGAGCAAUAUCAAAACGAUCGAAAGCGGUUCGAGGAGGUUGCCAGGGAUUGGACGAGAAGAUAUGCUAGAGAAGCGAAUUAGUCUUUCUUUUGACUCGAUUUCACAUUGAUUCGACCUUUAUCCCGACGGCUCGUCCUUCUCGGCUUGAAGCCCCCUAUUUAUUUCAUUCAUUCAUACCAAAGGAGGAGCAGAGCAGAGCAGAGGUAGCAUUGAUCAUUUUAUGGCGUUUGGGUCUGGUUCUUCCGUCAUUCGAUUUUGGUGCUGUUCGGUGUUUGCUGUCUAUUUACCAGAAACCUCUGUGCAUGUAUGUAGUAUGUAGACCCUUGCUGGAAGCAUAACGAAACUACGAGUGACUGUUUUUCUUUUC